AUGAGUGCGCAGGUUUCGCUGGUCGGUUUGCCCCUGGAUGUGCUCUGGAAAGUGCUUGGGUACGUUUCUGCUGAUGAGAGAGAUAUUUGCGCUGUGGCAGGGAGUAGCAGGUUUCUGAGGCGUGUUGUACAGCUGUACCUCAAGAGCGAGUCCCUAAAGUGGGGCUCAUACGUUAUCGGUUUGGGAGAAGUGAGCUUUAAAGCUUCUCAGAACGGGGCCGGAGCCAUUUUUGGUCCCCAGAACUGCUACUUCGCUCCCACCACGACCAAGAAUAAUCACAGUCGCCACCUGAAGAACACGAACAGUAUAGCGGUCCACAACGGGUUUUCGAAAACCGGAUACACGAGUGCUGCCGUUGAUUUAGACUACGAGAUGGACUUGACGUCACCGACGCUGCUCUCUUACCGUUCGCGAGAUAACUCGGUUUUUACAAACCAAUCGUUCGACGAUUCCAUGGAGGACUCAACGGUGUACAACGUUACCACCGACUACAGUAUACCACCACACAAGGAACGCAGUGAGGAAUCGAUAACCAGACUGAGAUCCUCAAACAAAGUGAAGGAUAAAGCAUUGCUUUUCGAAAGACUGAUAAAGAAGGAAAACGCGGAGAAGUCCACAAACAAUCACUUAUCGCACCUCCAAACAAGGAACCUCAGUAGUUUUAGCAUAAACGACAAAAAAACGGGACCCUCGAAGCAGUACUUGGCGCACCUCGAGGCUACCAACACAGAGCCACACAAUCGUACUACAGCUAACAAGGGUGGUAGAAAGAUGAAAGUGGUGCUAUCAGGGGAGAACAAAGUUUGCUUCCAAGCUGUAUGA